CUUCCGAGUAGAUCGAUGUUGAAAAUCGAUCUUUUAUUAAAUUUUCUCAAAUUACUGUCAAGGUUCGAUAUGUACAUACAUCGUAUACAGACACGGUUCUGAGAUGCAAGAUAUCGAUUAUUCGAUAGUCGUGAAAUAAACGAUAACAUUCUAUUGUAUAACGAUCGGACGACUCGCGACGAGUAAUCCGUGAUAAAAACAAAUCGCAUUCGCGUGCUAUACUUGCGAAAUGUUUGCCAGUAAACGAGCCGAGAUAUCUCGUGGAAUAAAGGACGAAAGAUGGUCAACGAAAGACAAACUGGAGCAAUAUAGAGGGAUUCUAAAAUUGCAUGGUCGCGAAAAGAAGUUACGAACGCAAGACGCUACGAAACUAAAGAAGAGAAUAUCUUGGCAAUUGACUUUAUUCCGAGAGGACGUAAAGAGAUAUCGUCGAAUCGUAAGCGAAACGGUGAACGGAAUCGCGAAAACUCGUACGCACAGUUUGUUGCGAGAUCGGAAAGAUUUGCAGUUCAAGUGGCAUGGCUGCAAAGUAAAGUACAUUUACGACUCUAUUUACGAAGAGAAUCAUCGAAAACGUCGUCAACUGGAUAAACUUCGUUACGAGAAAAGAAACAAGAUGAAGCGAUGUUUCGAACUACAGUUGGAAUAUGCGGAACUAUACAACGACUACGCGCAAGAACAAGAAGAACCAUGGGCUCAGGAUCAAACGCAGCAACAACUCGUUACACGUUAUCAGCAAUCUACUGCGAAACAAAAUGCAGCAAAGGCUAUAAAUAUAACGUACGCUUCUAUGCUUGGAAUCUUAAAAAAGGAUGCUAUACACCACGAAGCACUGUUGAACGCGUUGAAACAAGAUCGGCGAAAUCAAUGCGAAAUAAUAUUCGAAGCAACGAUAAUGGGUCAACUCGCGGUCGAACAGUCGGAUGACAUCCGGUAUAAAUGUAAACAAAUUACUCGAAAAGUUUGGGAUAACAUGAAGGAAAGAGAACGUACGUUAACCCUCGCUCGCGGUCAGGUCCAAGACCUAUGGUCGUUUGCGCAAUCGUUGAUACGAACCGAAAGUGAAACAAUGUUCACCGUGGGAAUUGCGCGUGCUGCGAAUGCAUCGAACCCAACGCUAGAAAAGCAAAUCAAAUCUUUGGAAAAAAUAUUCGAUAAAGUUAAGGAAUCGCUACUUGUACGUUCUUAUCGAGAAUUGCUAUCCAGACUGGAGGACCAAACCAAACAAAGAACACGAUUGCUCGAGCAAUUUGAUCGUAACGUAAAAGAACGUGAAUCAUUGUUGAAUCAGAAGAACGACGCAUUGUCCACUCUCGCGGAAGUAAAACACACUCUUGUGGCAGGGGUGGAAGAAUACGACGCGGACAGAAAUAUUCUACUGGAACAAAUCGCGAUUCAAAAAGAACGCGAACUCGAGCACAGAAAGUCGAGGAAAGAUCAUGGUGAAUUAUUAAUGGAUAUCAGAGCUGCGUUACAAAGUAUGGUGGCCAUGUUGGUUUGCGUGAGAAGGGGAGGAGUUAAAAUGCUAAGAAAACAAACCGAUAAAAGGCCAACGAGGGACGAAAAAGGUGAUACGAAUGAAUUAGAGCUCCACUUACCCGUAAUAGAAAAAAUGGAAACGGAAGGUUUGGCGUUAUUAUCGACCGUAAGUCGAAAAGUAGGAGCACUGUUUGGUAUGAGUAACUUCGAAUUUGACAAAGAUAGAGAAGACAGAGCAAAAGAUUUAUAUCAAACUUACGUCUCCGACUAUCAUUCGAGAUUAAAGUUCGACAGCCAGAAAUUGGAGCCAACGGGUUUAUUUGUCGAGCAUGAAGCUAUCGAUUCUUCGAUACCAACACGUGCCGAGAUCAAGUUAAGAAGCAAACAAGCCGUAGAAACCUAUUUGCGACUAGAAUGAUGUCUUAAUCUUCUCAUUCAUCUGACAAAUCAUUAAAUAAUGGUAUGGAUUAAUUUAAGAAAAGUCUACCAAGCAAAUCUGGAUUGUCUUUCCUAUUAUAUACAUACACAAUUUGUUAACAAAACCCUUUGUAUCAUAUAUAGUAGUAGUAACUGUGCUA